CCCCGAAAUUAUCUUUUCCUCUCUCUCUCUCUCUCUCUCUGUCUCUCGCGUACGUGGCCGGCUUUUCUCGCUCGGCGGAGCACCGGCAUCACCGCUUCCUGCUCCUGCGGUAAAUCGCCGCCGCACGAGCCGAGCUCGAGUUUGCCACCCCAGCUGAAACCACACAACACCAUGGAUACCUUGAGGGCAUGGAGGGCUUCUUAUCAACUCUUCGGCUUGGCUGUCAGGUCUGCCACCAUUCGCCGCGCCAGGAUUGGGGUUCGCUUCUGUUCCUCUUCCUCCUCUGCAGCGGCUGCCACCACCGGUCCCUCCGACGUCCAUACAACAACUCCGACAGAUCGCCGCCGCCGUAGUGCCGCCUCCACCUCCGACAAAGACUCUGUUCGCGCCAUCCGUCUCAAGAAGGUGGAAGAACUAAGGACCAAGGGUUAUGAGCCAUAUGCAUAUAAGUGGGAACGAAGUCAUUCUGCGAAACAGCUUCAAGAUAUCUAUUGCCAUUUAAAGGAUGGAGAAGAAUGCAAAGAUCAAUUGGUAUCAAUUGCAGGAAGAAUUAUUGCGCGUAGAGCAUUUGGUAAACUUGCAUUCUUGACUUUAAGGGAUGAGUCAGGGACAAUCCAGCUUUAUUGUGAGAAGGAAGUUCUUGCUGAGGACCAGUUUGAUCAAUUGAAGAAAUUUAUUGACAUAGGAGAUAUAGUAGGUGCAAGCGGUUCGAUAAAGAAGACAGAAAAAGGGGAGCUUUCCGUUUACGUAAAAUUUUUCAAGAUUCUGACAAAAUCUCUUCUCCCGCUGCCUGAUAAGUAUCAUGGUUUAACUGAUGUGGAUAAGCGCUAUCGACAGAGGUACGUUGACAUGAUUGCCAAUCCUGAUGUUGUUGAUGUAUUUCGUGUGAGAGCUAAGAUUGUCUCUGAGAUUCGCAAGACAAUGGAAUCUCUAGGAUUUAUUGAGGUUGAAACUCCAGUUUUGCAGGGAGAAGCUGGUGGUGCAGAGGCUCGGCCAUUUAUCACAUACCAUAAUUCACUUGGGAGAGAUCUGUACUUGAGAAUUGCUACUGAACUGCACCUUAAGAGAAUGCUGGUUGGAGGCCUUGAAAGGGUUUUUGAAAUAGGAAGAAUAUUCCGCAAUGAAGGGAUCUCAACUCGCCAUAAUCCUGAAUUUACUACCAUUGAGAUGUAUGAAGCAUACUCUGACUACCAAAGUAUGAUGAACUUGGCUGAGGAGAUAAUAACACAAUGUUCUCUUGUGGUACAUGGAAAGCUGAAGAUUGAUUAUCAGGGAAUAGAGAUUUGUUUGGAAAGACCUUGGAGGAGGGAAACCAUGCAUGAUCUUGUUAAAGAUGCCACUGGGAUUGAUUUCAAUCAGUUUGGAGAUGAUGUUAAAUCUGCUGUGGAAGCUGCAAGGCAACUAUUAGGAAGUAGUACAGAAGCUGAUGAUCAUGUUUUGGUUCAAACAUGCCCAUCUGUGGGGCAUGUUCUCAAUGAGGUUUUCGAGACUCUUGUUGAGCCAACACUAGUACAACCCACGUUUGUUCUUGACUAUCCAAUUGAGAUAUCUCCUCUGGCCAAACCACAUCGAAGGUAUGCAGGCCUCACAGAAAGGUUUGAACUUUUCAUAUGUGGCCGUGAAAUUGGUAAUGCAUUUUCUGAAUUGACAGAUCCUGUUGAUCAGAGGUCUCGAUUUGAAGAGCAAAUAAAACAACACGAUAAAAAGCGUGCAUCACUUGACUCUCGGUCAAAGUCUAUUGAAGACAAAGGAGAGGUUGAUGAUUACUCGUAUGAAGUAUCUUUAGAUGAAGACUUCAUUACUUCAUUAGAGUAUGGGAUGCCCCCUGCUUCUGGAAUGGGUCUCGGAAUUGAUAGAAUUGUGAUGCUUUUGACAAAUUCAGCCAGCAUUCGGGACGUCAUCGCAUUUCCUGUACUUAAAGUUCAGCAUUAAAAUUUUUUGGGGAAAGACCAUGACUGAGGAUUGAUAUUCAGAUUGACAAAUCAUCUAGCAGAAGAGGAGGGCUUAUGGAUCAAUGCUACUGUAUAAUUUAUUUCUUUUGCGAUUUAAUUUGAUUUCUUUUAUAAUGCUUGAGUUUUUGUGGGAGCUUCUUUCUUUGUAUGUACGAUGUAUAAUGAUCAAGUUUUUCCAUUUUAAUUAUUCUAAAUUUAUUUUAUUUGUUUUUA